CUGUCGCUCUCUGAGUCUCAUGCCAAGUUCCAUGUCUGUCAUUCUCUUUGCCACACGCAAGAUGGCGCCGCUGACACGCGGCUCUUUGGGCUUCGGAGGGGGCGUGUCUGGCGCCCGUAGCAUGGCUCCACGGUACCGGCCUUUCCACGCGGUGCUCCGGUUACUGCCAUACGAGUGCCGCGCCUGUCUGGGCCGAGGGUUCAGCGUGCAGACCGUUCCCGCCGUCAGGAUGGAGUAUCAGGAUGCGAUUCGUACACUGAACACGCUGCAGACGAAUGCCAGUUACCUGGACCAGGUGAAGAGGCAGAGAAAUGAUCCUUGGAUACAGCUUGCUGCUAUGAAUGGCUUUUUGGAGAGAAGCGGCCUCUCGGUGGAAGACUUGGAUCAGCUAAAUAUAAUUCAUGUGACUGGAACAAAGGGCAAGGGGUCUACAUGUGCCUUCACUGAGCAGAUUCUGCGGAACUGCGGCCUAAAGACAGGAUUUUAUAGCUCUCCCCAUCUGGUACAAGUGAGAGAGAGGAUCCGGAUCAAUGGGCAGCCAAUCAGCAAGGAGUUGUUCAGUAAAUAUUUCUGGCAAGUUUACAAUCGUCUGGAAGAGUCCAAGACUGAUGACUUCGGCUCCAUGCCCCCUUACUUCCGAUUCCUGACCAUUAUGGCGUUCCAUGUCUUCCUUCAGGAGAAGGUAGAUCUGGCUGUACUGGAGGUGGGAAUUGGUGGAGCAUAUGACUGCACAAAUAUUAUCAGGAAACCCAUUGUUUGUGGAAUCUCCUCGCUUGGUGUUGACCACACAGCCAUUCUGGGAGACACUAUUGAGAAGAUUGCCUGGCAAAAAGGGGGCAUAUUAAAGCCGGGCGUUCCAGGAUUUACUGUCCCUCAGCCUGCCAGUCCUCUACAAGUGCUAAUAAAUAGAGCAAAGGAGAUUGGAUGCCCUUUAUACAUGUGCCCAGAUAUAGCGGAAUAUGAGGAGGAGGGGAAGUCUCUCCAUCUGGGUCUGGCUGGAGAUCAUCAGAAAUCAAACGCAUCCCUGGCACUACAGUUGGCGCAGAUGUGGCUUCAGCAAAGAGGAUGCAAAGGGUUUGGAGAAACAAAAAUUCCCAGUCCGAAGCUUCCUUUAGUAAAGUGGCCACUUUCCUUGGCAUCAGCUUUCCGUCCCAGUCUUCCAAUGGUCAAAGGUUUACAGGACACAGUAUGGUUGGGGCGCACACAGGCGCUGCAGCGUGGCCCUAUAUCUUAUUACAUUGAUGGAGCGCACACUAACAGCAGCAUUAAGGCCUGCGUCAAAUGGUUCCAACAGGUGGCGCUCAAUGAGGAGAAAGCUGGAGCGGGGUCUGUGGUCCGGGUUCUGCUGUUUAAUGCCACGGGUGAGAGAGACACUGCUGCCUUGUUAAAACUUCUUCAGCCCUGCCACUUUGACUACGCCGUCUUCUGUCCUAACAUCAGUGAGGUGUCUGGAGUGGGGAUUGCAGAUCAGCAGAAUUACAAUGUGACUUUGGAGAACGUUCUGACCCGAUGUCUAGAGAACCAGAAGAAGUGGAACAUGUUAAUGGAGGAGAGAAGCUGUUCUGAUCCCUGGGCCUCCUCAUUGCCUGACACUUUAAUAAAGGACAGCCCCCGCGGUUCCUCCUUGCUCCUCGCUCAUUCUUCAGAUCGUCUCCUAAACUGUAAUUCUCUUGUGUUCCCCUGUAUUUCACACGCCUUGCAAUGGGCCACUCAGGGGCGGGACCCUGACUUCCCCUGCCUGGACAGUAACUUGCUCCACCACCACCCAGUGGCUAGUUCUGGUUCUGUACUGCUGAGAGAAGCUGCCCACAUCCAGAUCCUCAUCACCGGGAGCCUUCACCUGGUGGGAGGAGCUCUGAAGCUGAUCGACCAAUCUCUUACUCAGUGACCAGGGAUUAUCCAGUCUUGACACCUUAAUGUUUACUUGAAUGGCGGAUCUGCCCUUGCUGCCUAAUAUCCGUUAACCUCAUAGCUGCCAGAGACCUCUUCUCACAUUCAUCUUUGUGUCAACGUUUCUGAAAGCAUUCUGUAUAAGCCUGGCAAGCGCUGGGAUCGUUGAUGCUCAUUACCUCUGGACCUUGCUCUUUCGUAAAGGGCUGCCUUUUUUUAAAUUUAUGCCAGAUGGCCCUAGCAGAUGUUGAAAUUCCUGAUGCCCCUUGUGUACAUAGCUGGGAGAAAUUUGGAUAACGGCUCUGUAUAUUUUAUAUUUCAUUCCUGCUGAAAAAAAUAUUUAUUAUCAAUG